GUUAUUACGCCUUCUAGUAAUCCCAGCAACCGGUGACGCGGCCCGCAUGAGGCCGACCACUGGCCAGCCGGGGAAAGCGGGACUGGAGCGUGACUCCCUAUCCCGAGGCGCCUUCCCAGCUCCCCCCAGUCGGCGGCCGCGCGCUCCGCCAGCCCCUUCCUCCCUUCAACGCCCUAGUCCCGAAGUCUGGGAGGCGGGGGUCGGCGAGCCCUCUGGGAACCGCGUGGCGUACAAGGAGCCAGUCGGCGACCGUUCACAGGAAAAUCUUGGUGAAGGCCAAACUUCCAAAAGAGUGUACUUGGAUCAUGAUCAGGCUUGGGCACCUGGGAUGGAAAGCAGCUGUCAUUCCUAUUUCCAGCAGUUCUUGACACAUGCCAGCCUGGCUCUGAAGCUGAAACGGGCAACUCCUUUUGAAGUACUGGACCUUGUUUCUGUUAGGAGUGUAUUUGACCCUUACAGCAUAUCAAUUUGGACCAGCCACAUUUCAAGUGCCCAGUGACAUAUGGCUCAUGGCUACUGUAGUGCACAGUACAUCUGGGACAGCCCUCAGCCCCACUCCUGCACCACUUUUACCCAGCUUUGGCUUCACAAUGGAGGAAUUGCAAGAUGAUCACUUGUCUCUUCAUCCUGCCCCAGAAAUACUGGCCUGGCAGAACAGAUAACCAGGGAAGAAAAUCUUUGUACUAACUGAAGGACACAACUCAGAAGAAAAAGAACUAAACUGCUCUCAUGUUAGAUUGUUAGUUAAUGUACUAAAUCCUGAUUAAUUACCAUACUCUUGAUCUGUAAUAUGUUAGAUAUGGUUAGAUGUGGUAUGAAAUACCUGCAGUAUCUUUAUUAAGAAACAAAAGUAAAGUGAUAUAUAAAACUCAAUUUAUUUUUAAUCACUUAUGAAUGUUAACUUUUCAUUAGCUUAUCUUACUUAGUACCUGUUUUUAAUUACAUAUAUAGUAUUUGUAAAUAUUUGUAAGUAUUAAAUGCUUGAAAAGUAUGAAAUAUUUUAUUUUUUUCUAAAAUAUUUUGAAGUAUUGAACGAUUAAGACUUUUCACCAACUCACACAUAAUUACCGCCUUCCCUCUUUCCAAGCCCUCCUGUACUUAUUUUUUUUCCUCCUGUACUUACUUUUUUACUUAAAAUGAACUUGGUAGUAUAAUAACUUGAAAACUCUCAAUUGGGAAAGUGGUUAGGACAGUCUAGAAAUUAUUCCUUUUUUUUUUUACAGUAAUAUUUUAUUAUGUUUUUUCUUUCAGAUUUCCUCCCAGGCAUAGACCCCUAUGCUUCCAGGACAAACUCCAGCAUGGGGUGAGGUACAGAAGAGAGACUUGAGGGGUAUACUCUGGCACUCAGUUACCAAACCUGCGCCCUAGAUCAGGGUCUGUCUCACCACAUCUGUAAUGGGGAGAAAUUGUAUCUUUGUUUGUAUGCCAUUUAUGUAUGCAUGUUUGUGUUUGUACAUUUGUCUUACCUUCCUUAGGCCUGUGCCCUGGGAGGCAGAGGGUGGGUUCCCAGAAACUUGGCCUGAGAGGUGCCAUGGUCCCUGGAGUCCCUCAAGUGAGGUGGAACCCUCACCAGCAUGUGCAUUGCUCUCUUUGACAUUUGGAUCAAACAUUGAGUCCUGAGGGAAGGUUUGACUCACAUGAGAGCAAACAUUCUUUUGAACUGACAACCCAGAAUAGAGCCCAAGUAUCUGGGCUAAAAGUUCCCUCUGGAAGAACUGAGAGAAUCUCUCUAAAGACUGCUUUCAGGUCUGCAGAGGGGUUCCUGCCCCUGCUUGCAGCUUUUGCUUAAACUCAUUCUCUGUGAAUGAGAUGUCUGGGAUUUAAAAUACUGAAGACCAAAAAAAAAAAAAAAAACCAAACAAAAAACAAAAAGGAGAAAGAGAAAGUGUGUGGGAGAGGAGUGUGAUAGAUGAAACAGAAUAGCAAAAUGUAGAUAGAUGCUAAAGGUGAGGGAGUGAUUUGUGAUAUUAUUUAGUUUUUUAUAUUUGAAAAUGUCCAUUAAAACAAUACCCUCCUCCCCCUCUUUCUCUCCCUGCCUCUGUCCCCUUUGCUCCAUGUAAAUUCAUGUUUUCCCUCUUACUUCAUCCCUGCAGGGUACAGAACAUCCUGCUCCAAAGGCAUGAGAAGAGAACAUCCUGUAUUGGCCAUUCCUGCCCAGGGUAGAGAGGAGCAAAACUCCAGAGCCCACCCCUGAAGGCCUUCAGAAAACUGAAAGCAGCGCGCAGUUUGAGGCGGCAGACCCCGGCGUGGGAGUGGCAAACUCCAGCCUGGAUCCCGAGCGCCCCCCAGCCUAGCCCUCACCAUGCUCGCUGCAUCAGAGACGGUGGCGGCCGCGGCAGGAAGGCCUUACGUGUGCAGUGAGUGUGGCAAGAGCUUCCGCUACAGUUCGGUGCUGCUGCGCCACGAGCGUGCCCAUGGCGGCGACAGCCGCUACCGCUGCCUUGACUGCGGUGAGCGCUACGCACUGGCAGCCGACCUCCGUGCACACCGAUGCACCCACGCUGGCCAGACGCUCUACAUCUGCAACGAGUGCGGCCAGAGCUUCCGUCACAGUGGCCGCCUUGACCUGCACCAGAGCACACACAGACAGCGCAGCCGCUCCUGCCCUUGCCGCACCUGUGGCCGCAGCUUCCCACACCUCUCGGCUCUGCUGCUGCACCGCCGCCGCCGGCAUCCCCCCGAGCAGCCCUGCCGCUGUCCCCUGUGCGCCCGCGCCUUCCGUCAGAGCGCGCUGCGCUUCCACCAGGCGCGGGCACACCCGUGGGGGACACCUAUCCAGCCUCUCGACCCGCUCCACCGCUGUGCACAGUGCCCACGGGCCUUCCACAGCUACGCAGGGCUGCGGAGCCACGCACGCGUCCACGCGGCCCAGAGCACUGGUGACGCCACAGCUGAUCAGCCCAACGCUCUGGGUACACACCAGUGCAGUGUGUGCGGGAAGAGCUUUGGCAAGAGCUCCACACUAACACGACACCUGCAGACGCACUCAGGUGAGAAGCCUUUCAAGUGCCCGGAGUGUGGAAAGGGCUUCUUGGAGAGCGCCACGCUGGUGCGCCAUCAGCGAACGCACACGGGUGAGAAGCCCUAUGCGUGUGGGGACUGUGGGCGCCGCUUCAGCGAAAGUUCCACCCUGUUGCGCCACAGGCGGAGCCAUCAGGGAGAGCGGCCACACGCAUGCGCCACGUGUGGCAAGGGCUUCGGGCAGCGCUCCGACCUAGUGGUGCACCAGCGCAUUCACACAGGUGAGAGGCCCUUCCCGUGCGCCGAGUGCGGCCGCCGCUUCAGCGACCGCUCUGACCUCACCAAGCACCGGCGCACACACACAGGUGAGAAGCCCUACCAUUGUGAGUUGUGUGGCAAACGCUUCACAUGCGUAUCCAACCUCAACGUGCACCGACGCAACCACGCUGGGCACAAGCCCCACAAGUGCCCCGAGUGCGGCAAGGCCUUCAGUGUAGGCUCCAAGCUGGCGCUGCACCGCAAGACUCACCUGGGCGAGCGGCCGGCGGAAUGUGCGGAGUGUGGCAAGUGUUUCAGCCACAGCCGCUCGCUCUCCCAGCACCAGCGGGCCCACACGCGCGCUCGGGCCGCCACCCAGGCCACCCAAGCCACCGCAGGGGCUGCACUCAUCUUUGCUGGGCAGGCAGAACAGGAAAAGCUGGACUUUUUGUGUCCUAGUUGAGGGACACUUGCUGAGAAGCUUCUCUGUAGUAGGCUAGGCAAGUACAGAUACAUUGCCACAGGGAGGUGGGCACCUCCCGGAUGGAGGUCUAUGUAGACAGCGUGGCUGUCGGUCGCCUUUCCACAUCUUCAAUGGUAGCCCUUCACCUGGACGGCUGCCACGCUCCUACAUCUACUUCCCUGGUCAGCUCUUCCUGUCCGCCAAACUCCCUGCCCUCCCCCUGGGGUGUAGGAAAACCUCCUAGACAGGGAAGAGAGCCCAGGUAUUGGUAUGUUCCCAUUGCUACUGCUGUGCCCUCAGAGGUUUUCCUGUUUUCCGACCUGUGUUCUAUCUUCUCUCGUCCCAUUCCCCCUUUCCAGCCUGAGUCUCCUCUAGCUCUCCUUCCCUCGAACUUUUGUUGUCCUGCCUCUUCAGGUAAUGAUCACAGAUGUGGCCACAAGGACAACCCACCCGCCUUGUGGUCUUCUUGCCCCUUGGUUCUACUUGAGUCUCUGCUGCUUUCUCCCUGGGCUCAGAGAUGGGAAAUUUGUAGGCAGAGAGAUCAUGGGACAGCUCAUUUCAGUGAAAGACUUCUUGCCAGAAGCAACCAGCCUGCUCCCUGGCAGAGAAGGCCUACCCAGAGUGAAGCUGGGCAGGAACCCUCGGCAAAGCACCCACCUGUCCCAUGGACAGACCUGAUGAUGUCCAGAUCAAAGUGCCUCUCAGGGCAAUAUUCUCCAGCUGGGGGGGUGGGGGGCAGGGCAUUAACUUCGGGACCUAGACUGAGACCACAUGGGGUCUAUAAAGCAGAGUAUUGCCAAGUGGAGCAUCAGAAUGUUAUUUCCAGAGAGAGGACUAUGC